AUGGAUACAUACAACAAAGCUUUGAAUAUUCUAAUGAAAUCUCCUGUCACUGAUGACAUGAUCCAAUUUUUAACACAUGCUACUUUACAAGUGAUGCCAAAUAAUAACGCUUAUCCAAGUCCUCCAAGUUCUCCAAAACAAACUCGUUUACCAUCUUUAAGAACUUUCAUUACUAAAUUGGUCAGAUAUACCAAUGUUUAUACUCCAACUUUAUUGUCUGCAGUUUGUUAUUUGAAUAAAUUGAAACGUAUCUUACCAAAGGAUGCAAAGGGUUUACCAUCUACUAUUCAUAGACUAUUUUUAGCUUGUCUAAUCAUUAGUGCUAAAUUCCAUAACGAUUCUACCCCAUUGAACAAACAUUGGGCUAAAUAUACUGAUGGAUUGUUUUCUUUGGAAGAUAUUAAUUUGAUGGAAAGACAAUUACUACAACUAUUAAAAUGGGAUUUAAGACUCAGUAAUGAGGAUUUGAUCUUAGAUUUACAAUAUUUGUUAGAACCAAUUAAGCAACAUAUUGAAAUCACUACUAAACAAAAGAAGAAGAUGCUAGCUUUCAAGAAACAACAACAAAAACAAGAAGUUUACAAACAUAUGAGAAACUUGUCUGUUUCUUCAAACUUAUCUUCUUCCACUUUAGUAAACAGUACAUCUUACGAAGAUUUGAAAUGUCCAUCACCAUAUAACAACACAAGUACCAAUAGUAGAUCCAGUAGCAAUGGAUCAAUUAAACAGAUUGACAUAUGGCAUGAUAAGAAUAUGCCAAACGAUCUAAGCUGGAGCUUAGAAAAUCACCCUGUGGCUAUUUCUUCGUACAACUGUUAG